AUGCAUAGGUCAAGACCCAUGGGUAAGAUCAAGAAACGCCUUCAAGAGAUCAAGAACCAAUGGAGCCGGCUGGCCAAAGUUGAUUUCAGUCACAAUGAAAGUGCCAGGUUGGCCAUGGAUGCCCUUCUGGACGGCGGCCCAGAGUCAUACCAGAAUGCCUUGAGCAAAGAAGGGGAGGUGGACUUCCUGUCCUCUGUGGAAGCUCAGUAUAUUCAGGAAAAUGCCAAGGAACCCUAUUACGCCAAGGAACCCCCUGUGGAGGGAGAGCUGGGCCUGAAGGUGAAUGACUGCAGCUCUCUCCAGUCUGGCACCUAUUUCCCCAUAUUGUCUGAGGGCAGUGAGCCAGCCCUGCUGCAGAGCUGGAGUGAGGCUGAGAAGCCUUACCUGAAGGAGAAGUCCAGCGCGACCGUGUACUUCCAGACAGACAAGCACAACAAUAUUAGGGACCUCAUCCGCCGCUGCAUCAGCAAGACCAGUCAGGUCCUGGUCAUCCUAAUGGAUGUAUUCACGGAUACGGAGAUCUUCUGUGACGUGCUAGAGGCUGCCAACAAGAGGGGUGUGUUUGUCUGUGUGCUCCUCGACCAAUGUGGCGUGAAGCUCUUUCGGGAGAUGUGUGACAAGGCUGAAAUCCUGGAUAGUCACCUGAAGAACAUCUCAGUCCGGAGUGUGGAAGGAGAAACCUACUGUGCCAAGUCUGGAAAGAAGUUCUCAGGCCAAAUCCAGGAAAAGUUCAUCAUCUCUGACUGGAGAUAUGUCCUCACUGGAUCAUACAGUUUCUCGUGGCUCUGUGGCCAAGUCCACCGAAACUUCCUCUCCAAGUUCACGGGCCAGGCCGUGGAGCUGUUUGAGGAGGAGUUCCGCCACCUGUACUCUUCCUCUAAACCUGUGAUGGGCCAGCGAUCCCCUGGGCUGGUCAGGCCCCUCCAGCUGAGGGGAGGGUCCAAACUCCCUCAGGACAGCUUCACUGACAGCAGCUGUCCAUCUAGUGACCACACCACCUCUGACCCCUUCAGCGACCCAUCUACGAGCAGCAAUCCCCACCACCAGUCUCAUGCUGUAUCUUCAGGGCCAAGUAGCCCCUCUGCUCCAAACCCCCCACUUCCCAGGGUCCAUUCCUUCCAGAAUGGAAGGAAUUAUGUCCCCUGGGCACCUCAGUCUCCCCAGACCAGCUACCAGCCAAGGCAUUUUGUCGCUGACAGUCCUGUGGGCCUCUACAGCAAUCUCAAUGUCUACAGUAGGCCUGGGAGGCUGCGUCUAGAGGAGUUGGGCCUAGGGGCCAGGCUGGCUCCUGGAUGGAGGCCCUUUUCCAAGCUUCACCUGGUGUCUGAAUAG